AUGAACCACAACAUCCAGUCGUUGAAAUGUGUCGUCGUCGGUGACGGAGCUGUGGGCAAGACAUGUCUGCUCAUCUCGUACACGACCAAUUCUUUCCCGGGGGAAUAUGUACCUACAGUCUUUGACAACUACUCGGCAUCAGUGCUCGUCGACGGGCGACCAAUCUCGUUAGGAUUAUGGGACACGGCGGGGCAGGAGGACUACGACCGCCUGCGCCCGUUGUCAUAUCCCCAGACCGACGUGUUCUUGGUAUGCUUCUCAGUCAUGAGCCCACCAAGCUUUGAAAACGUCAAGACGAAAUGGGUCCCAGAAGUCCGACACCACGCACCAGGCGUACCGGUAAUCCUAGUCGGGACCAAGCUCGAUCUCCGCGACGACCCCGUGAGCGUACAGCGGCUCAAGGAGCGGCGGUUUGCGCCCAUCAGCUUUGCGGCCGGCAUGCAACUGGCCAAGGAGAUUGGGGCGGUACGAUACGUCGAGGCAUCGAGCAAGACGCAAAAGGGGCUCAAGAGCGUGUUUGACGAAGCUAUUCGCGCAGUCCUUACCCCGCACGAUAAGAAUCUCACACUUGGCUCGAAAGAGAAGAAGAAGAAGAAGAAAGAGUGUAUCUUUCUGUAG